CCGACAGCGCGCCGCACAGCCCUACAGGAAGUUCCCCAUCUCAGUGCUGUGCCCUCUUCCUCACUGCGCAGACCGGAGCCGGGAGCAGUCGUCAGAUCCAGGCCCAGCACAGCCGGACAUGGGAGAUCCGGGCAGUACACAGCCGCACACCGACACACCGACACAAGUGAAUCUGACCGGAAAUGAAGACAAAGUUGGAAUGGAAGACUUUGAACUGCUGAAAAUUCUAGGCACUGGAGCAUAUGGGAAAGUUUUUCUUGUACGCAAAGUAACUGGGCCAGAUGCAAAGCGCCUUUAUGCUAUGAAGGUUCUGCGUAAAGCAGCCCUGGUUCAGAAAGCGAAAACAGCAGAACACACACGGACAGAGCGCACAGUACUAGAACAUGUAAGAGAGAGUCCAUUUCUUGUGACUCUUCACUACGCCUUCCAGACAGAUGCAAAACUCCACCUUAUACUAGAUUAUGUUAGUGGUGGAGAACUUUUCACUCACCUCUAUCAGCGGGAUAAUUUCUCUGAAGAUGCAGUACGGUUUUAUUCUGGAGAGGUUAUCCUGGCUCUUGAGCACUUGCACAAGCUGGGAAUUGUAUACAGAGACAUCAAGCUGGAGAACAUCUUAUUGGACAGUGAUGGUCAUGUGGUGCUGACUGACUUUGGCCUGAGCAAGGAGUUUGUGGCUGAAGAGUGUGAGCGCACAUACUCAUUCUGUGGCACAACUGAGUAUAUGGCACCAGAAAUCAUACGAGGGCAGGGGGGUCAUGGCAAGUCUGUGGACUGGUGGAGCUUAGGAAUCCUCAUUUAUGAACUACUGACAGGAGCUUCUCCAUUCACACUGGAAGGGGAAAAGAACUCGCAGAGUGAGGUGUCCAGGAGGAUUCUGAAGAUGGAGCCAAUAUACCCCUCCUCUUUAAGUUUGGUGGCUCGAGAUCUCCUUCAGAAGUUGCUCCGCAAGGACCCUAAAAAACGACUUGGGGCGGAGGGGGCCUCCCAAAUAAAAGAACACCCAUUUUAUCAGGGCCUGGACUGGGAAUUACUGUCUCUCCGUAAAGUCACUCCUCCAUUCCGUCCCUCUAUUCGCAGUGAGACAGAUGUCAGUAAUUUUUCUGAUGAAUUUACAAGUCUUGAUCCAGUAUACUCACCUGCCGCUACUCCACCCUCUGGAGCUCGUAUAUUCCAGGGUUAUUCCUUUGUGGCACCUUCCGUCCUCUUUGGUGUAAAUGCAGUUAUGACAGAUAUGCCAGCUCCAUCUACUGACAAACCAUGUAGCCCUACACUGGUUCUUAGUGCAGCUAUGAAGGAUUCUCCCUUCUUUCAGCAGUAUGAGAUGGAUCUACAAGAGUCCGCACUAGGAUCUGGCAGUUUUUCAGUUUGCAGAAAGUGUAGACAUCGACAAAACAAGAAAGAGUAUGCUGUGAAAAUCCUGAGUAAGAGGAUGGAGGUGAACACUCAACGAGAAGUAGCAGCUCUGAAGCUAUGUCAGGGGCACCCAAACAUUGUGAAUCUUCAUGAUGUUCUUCAUGACCAGUAUCACUCAUAUCUUGUGAUGGAGCUCUUGGAUGGUGGGGAAUUACUGGAUCGAAUCAAGAAGCAGUCAUGCUUUAGUGAGGUAGAAGCAAGUGGUCUAAUGCGUAGUCUUGUGAGCGCUGUUGCACAUAUGCAUGAAGCUGGAGUGGUGCACAGAGAUCUUAAACCUGAGAAUCUUCUUCUUUCUUCUCCCGGUGAAGAUGCGGUUUUAAAGGUGAUAGACUUUGGCUUUGCUAGACUUCGUCCACCGGGGUCACGGCCCUUGCACACCCCUUGCUUUACAUUGCACUAUGCAGCCCCAGAACUGCUUUCUCGACAGGGUUAUGACGAGUCAUGUGAUUUAUGGAGCCUUGGGGUAAUCAUGUACACAAUGCUGUGUGGCCAGGUUCCCUUCCAGGGUGAAAGGGGUGGUUCUCCUCAGAGCCGUGCUGCUGACAUUAUUAACAAGAUCAAGGAAGGAGACUUUAUGAUGCAGGGUGAAAGCUGGGAUCAUGUGAGCGAUGAAGCAAAGGAGCUGGUGAAAGGUUUGCUGACUGUAGACCCAUCUUGUCGAUUGAGCCUUAGUGAACUGCAAGAAAGUGAGUGGCUGCGUGGUGGACGACCUCUCUCAUCCACUCCUCUCAUGACACCAGAUGUCCUGGAAUCUAGUGGGAUGGCCACAAAAACCUGUGUACAUGCCACAUUCAUGGCAUUUAAUCGUGGUAAGCGCGAAGGAGUCUUCUUAAAGAGCGUGGAUAAUGCUCCUUUGGCUAAAAGACGCAAACUGAAGCAGAGCAGCACAGGAGGUGACAUGCGCAGUGGAUCCUCAUCUUCUUCUUCGUCAUCAUCCUCAUUUGCUACCACUGCAGCUCGAUCCCCCAAAUCCAGAGCACCCCCACAAAGUAAUAGGCCUGCAAAUUUAUAACUAUUUGCUUUAUUUUAAAUGCACUACAGGCCCUGUUAUCAUGUGCAAAAGGAGAGGACCAAAAAAGUAGAGUACCUUAUGUACACCAUUUUACAUGUAAUAGGUGUGUGGGCACCUAUCAUGUACCGUAUUUCCAUCAGGUGUGAGGACAGUGUACAGAAUUCAGAGGAAUGGGCAGUAUUACUGCUCAGAGCAUUUGUAUAUCAAGUUUGUACAUAGAAAGGACAUUAAACACUAGCCAUUUUCCAAGUAUCAGUGAAUGUGAGUCUUCCCUCCCAGUCUGAAUGUACUAACGCAGUUAAGGAUUUAGGAGAGGGCAGUUAGGGUACAUGUCCUGGGCAACGUGCACCAGCAUUUACUGUUUAUUUUGCAGUGUUUAAAGUUGAUGUCAUUUAAUAUUUUUUCUUUAUAAUUAUAUAUGUAUGUAUGGGUAUGUGUGUGUGU